AUGACGGCUCACGAUGGGCUUUUUGUUGGCAGACUUCAAGAGGAUGUAGAUGCCUCUGUGCGAUGCCUUUCCCAAGCAAAUACGCUCACGGUAGACGACGCUGCGCCUCGCCUCCUCUCCGCGAUUGCCAAUUACACGAAGUGUGCUGCAGCCACGAUACACAAUUCAGAAAAACAUGACGAGGUAACGGAAGAGGCGGCCGCCCUAUCCGUCAUGGUGCACAUGCAGCGACUGUCACUCGUGUUGAAUGCCGUAGAUACCCCCGCGAGGAGCUCCGCGAGCGCAAGUAAGAGCAGUAUGCACACAUGCGUAGAAGAGUGGGCCACGUGGCUCUUGGGACUUGAGUCGCAGCCGAUUGCCGUGGUAAGCAAAGUGGCACUUUGCCUCCCACCGCUUCAGGCAUGCUGGCGAGGCGGUUAUGCUCUUGGUGGUGCCCGUAGCGCAUAUGUCUAUCGAAUCGAGGAGGCCAUCGGUAGUUUCUUCUCCCGCGCGGCGCGUAAGUGUGUAGCGGAGUGGACAACGUAUGGCACACCCCUCCGCACGUUCCUGCCACCACUGAGGUUGCUGACCACCUACGCGCGAUUCCGCUGGGCAAGGAGUUGUUUUAGGGAGCUCGAGCACAUGGUCAGCGACGGGGAUCUAGGAGCGGCGGAGGUCCGUAAAGCAAUCGCAGGCACCGCAGAAGCCAUGCAAGGGCAACAGAGCAAGGAUAUCGAUUUUCUCAGCAUCACUAAUGAGGUGGAGUCCUGCCACGUCAGCAAGGUCUCGCGCGAAGUGCUUCUGCAUGCCUUCAAAGCCAUCGAUUGGCGAGUGGGUAACGCCGUGCCAACUGUGAAAGAGGUUGCACCGCUUGUAUGGUGCCUGUUCUUGCGCUGUCGAAGCUAUGCUCUGCACAAUCACUCACUGAAUCGCUUCUCCGAUUUUUUUGCGUACGAGGCGUCUGCACGCCUCGUUGCACAGCUGCUGCGGUUCACGGUGGACGGCGUCCGCGUAUGCCUUGAGAGACAGGCUGCUGAGAUGCAUGUAGCUCGUGCGGAGCAGUUGUUCACCUGCGAUAUUCCGUGCCUUGUGUUGCUGACGCGACUUUGGUUUUCGUGGAUCGGGCUGGCCUCUGAUGGGGCAGCAAAGCUUCUACCACACCUAGAGCGUUCACUGCGACAACUCGUCUCCUCGACCGUGAAGCUUCGCGGCAUAGCGGAGAAGAAAGCACCGGCACCUAGUAUGGUGGCUGCACGGGAAGGAAGCAGCGGCAGGACGAGCAAAACGGAGCAGGAGAAACUUUUUAUUGAAGUCGCAUGGAAGGUGACUCCACUGUCUAUGUCGGAGAUCAUGUCCCCCACAGCAGCUGCGCCGUGGACCGCCGCGUUUGCGCGGGCCAGUGACGUGCGGGCGGUACUCGACAAACGAACCAUUGUCGCGUUGGUACCGUAA